CUUCUCUGGGGCUUGUGAAACUGACCUCAACCAGAGCAUGGAUAUGGGCAACCAGCACCCCAACAUCAGCCGGCUGCAGGAGAUCCAGAAGGAGGUGAAGAGCAUGGAGCCGCAGGUGGUCGGCUUCAGCGGGCUGUCCGACGACAAGAACUACAAGAAGCUGGAGCGGGUGCUGAUGAAACAGCUUUUCGAGAUAGACUCGGUGGACACGGAAGGGAGGGGGGACGUUCUUUUCUGCGCCCUCAAGGAGCUGGAGCAGAACGCCAACCACCCGCACCGCCUGGAGAUCCAGAACAUCUUCCAGGAGGCCCAGGCCCUGGUGCGGGACCAGAUCGCGCCCUUCUCCAGCGGCGGCAGCUGCGCGGCGGAGGAGUUCGAAGAAGGCAUUCAGGACAUCAUCCUGAGGCUGACGCACGUCAAGACCGGCGGGAAGGUGUCCCUGCGGAAAGCGCGCUACCACACCCUCACCAAGAUCUGCGCGGUGCAGGAGAUCAUCGAGGACUGCGUGAAGCGGCAGCCGUCCCUGCCGCUCUCCGAGGACACGCACCCCUCCGUGGCCAAAAUCAACUGCGUGAUGUGCGAGGUGAACAAGGCCAGGGGCACGCUGAUCGCCCUGCUGAUGGGCGUGGCCAACAACGAGACGUGCAAGCACCUGUCGUGCGUGCUGUCGGGGAUGAUCGCGGAUCUGGACGCGCUGGACGUGUGUGGGCGGACGGAGAUCCGGAAUUACCGCCGGGAGGUGGUGGAGGACAUCAACAAGUUACUGAAGUAUUUGGAUUUGGAAGAGGAAGCAGAUACCACCUAUGCGUUUGACCUGGGACAGAAUCAUUCCAUCCUGAAAAUAGAAAAGGUCCUCAAGCGAAUGAGAGAGGUCAAAAACGAGCUCCUGCAGGCGCAGAACCCUCCCGAGCUGUACCUGAGCUCCAAGACGGAGCUGCAGGCCCUGAUCGGGCAGCUGGACGAGGUGAGCCUGGAGAAGAACCCCUGCAUCCGGGAGGCGCGGCGGAGGGCGGUGAUCGCCGUGCAGACCCUCAUCACGCACAUCGACCUGAAGGAGGCGCUGGAGAGGAGGAAGGCCUUCGUGUGCGAGGAGCACCCGUCCCACCGGGCCGUCUGGACCAUCCUGGCCCACCUGUCGGAGAUCCUGGGAGAAGUCCUGUUGUUUGACGGGAACCGGACUGACAAGAACUACAUCCGGCUGGAGGAGCUGCUCACCAAGCAGCUGCUGGCCCUGGACGCGGUGGACCCGCAGGGCGAGGAGCAGUGCAAGGCGGCCCGGAAGCAGGCCGUGAAGCUGGCCCAGAACAUCCUGAGCUUCCUGGACCUGAAGUCGGACGAGUGGGAGUACUGAGGCCGGCUCUCCCGUCCGGCACGUACCCGACGUGUAUGUAUUUACGGAGGCUUCCGGUGCCUGAGCCUAAGUGUGGUUUGUACGUGCAUAUUGCAUUCUCAGUAUUUAUGAUUUCAGCAAAUUAUAUUCCGUACCUGCUGCUUUUGAUGUCGCAAAAGAAAUGUCAUUACAGCUCACUGACUUUUCCACGGGAUCUGACCUGUACGUUGUGGUGUUAGUUUCUUAAUCAGAAAAUGGCAUUGGGGCAGCUUUUGUAAUUUUUAACUUUGUAAUUUUUAGCUGCAAAAGCAUGAAAGCAGAUGUUUCAGAACCUAGAACUAGAUCCCGCCUUGCCCGAUACUAGGACAGCUGUGAGAAAGGAAGCUUUAGGGUGAUUAGAAGGAAGGGCCAAGCACAGAAGUAGUGAGUAUGUUUUAUUCUGCUAAUAAAGCAGGACUGUUCCAUUCAUGAAGCCUGAUUGGUCCCGCCCAACGUCAUGGGGUGGGUUGCUUUUACUUUCUGUGGAUGGUCUGUUCUUUCAUCAACUUCCGUUUGGAAAACAGGCAUUUCCCAGGCUCUCUGCAUGCAGAGGGGGGUCUUACCUUUGUGUGUGACGUAAGAAAAUUAUGACCAUUCAUAGCAAAGAAACCUUUGAAAAAGGGAUGACACCAGCUGAUACUUCCGAGUGGUUUUGUCUGUCAAGUCUGAACUGACAGUUUUCCUUAGUAAUUUGUAAGGAUGGGAACGUUUCAGUGGACCUUUAAAAGAAUAACAGGGAAACAAAACGCCCAGACCCGUGCAGGAUGAGGACUGGAGACUGGUUGCCAUGUCAGGUUUCUGGACCUGCGUGACCGGGUCUGGAUGCAGCGUGCGGUGGCUGCUCCGGGCACUGGCGCUGCCCCCAGGCAGGCCUGCGAGCAGGCCCAGUGCUGCCUCACAGAGGUGGGCAGGCACUCAGCUUGCUGAGGAAGGUCGCCGUCAGCCACUAGCAUCGUCCUGAUCGCAGUUGGCGGCCAGGCAGUAAGAGGGCCUCUCGCUCCCAUGACCAGCGCGUGGACGUGUCUAGUGCCUGAAGGAGCCAGCCAGGCCCAGUCUGUGAGUGCGGGAAGUGCCGUUCCCUCUGCUGAGAGGGGCACGUGUCUGUAAAUUCUCUCCGAGGACCCCAGGUUGCCCGUCAAGAAGCAAAAGACUCAGUUCCCGAAGGUCUGAAGCGCCUUGGUGACGGGUUGGUCCGAGUGUGGUGACUAAGCGCUCCCGGUGUCACCUCUCACAAGUGGCCUGAACUCGAGAAAUCCGCCCCUUCAGCCACUGGUGUGGUAACUCAUGUAAAAGCAGAGCCUGGGCAGGUGCGGAUCGGCCCUGGACGCCCAGAGAGGGCGGAGCUGGGCAGGUCUGGCCGCGCAGUGUUGCCUGAUGAUUAAAGCCCCGCUAGCUCCUCCUGCAGUGGACUCGCCGAUAGUGGGGUCAGAGGGCAGUUGGGUGCCAGGCAGUGAGCCCGCCCACCUGCCCCCCAGCUCCUGGCGGCUGGGGACUGUCCCAGUGCAGGUUGUUGGAGCCCAUGUUGGCCAGCCCUUUUAGGGUGCUGUUCUGGGUGAUAGUUUUAGGGUCCCCCCAGCACUGGUGGGAGCACCGGGGCGCGGGCCUCCCUGACUCGCUCCCGACAUCGCAGCAGCUGCUUGGUGCUCAGUGUCAGAGCCGGAAGCUCAGGGCCGCUCGCACGGUGGUUCUUGGCCAGCAGCGCUGCCCGCGGCUGUGUCCACGCUUCCUGUGGGGGUGGAGCCGGCCCUGCCCAGCUCCGGGCUGUGUGGCCAGACUGCUGCUCGGUGGCACUGGGGAUCGCUCACCGCUCACGGGGCCACUGUGGUCACGGAAACAGUCCGACCAACCGUGAGGGAUGGGUAAGGCGCGCCUUCCUGUGUCCCUCUGCCCGCUCAUGCUGCCCACACUGCGCCCGCCGCGAGGGUCAGCGUUCCCUGCCCCCGAGGGAGUCUGUCAUAGAUAAGCUCAGUUCCUCCCGUGGCACAUGCUUCUGCGAUGUGACACGAGGGGAAUCUGUGAUGGACGGAAAGCCCACCCCGCAGGGUCUGGCCUUGGUCUGCAUUCCGUGUAGCCUCUGUUCAUGCGAAGCCAGCGGGUGCCUGCUUCCCGGCUGCCUCCGUCCGCCAGGGACACAGGCAGCCUGAGUGGUCACGGAAAUAAAGGAAUUAACCUGUCGGCCACGAACAGUUUACCGCUGUUUUCCUCAAGCCCUUGGUGAGACACAGUUAACGUAACUCAGCGUGUUUGAGAAUUUAACCAGUUUUUCUCAUUUGUUUUAUUUUGCCAAUUUCCACCUGGUUUUUGAGGGUCUAAGUUUAUCUGUGCAGUUAUUUGAAGCAAAGCUUUUCAGCUCUCCGUCUGGCACUUUAAUAGUUGGAGCCACACCUGCCCUUGGCUUGCUGUCUGAGAAGGUGUGUAUUCCAGUGUGUGGGUCCUGCCCCUGGUAGCCGUACGACCAUUGUAAUGGCACGUCUUAAACAUUCAGGUUAUUUUGAGACACAUAUUAGCAUAACCUUAAUUAUUAAUGAAAUAAAAAGCCUCUUCGUUAUCUUUGCAGUG